AUGGAAAUGCGCGAGUUCCAACUAGAGAAGAACCGGGCGUUGGCCUCGGGACAACCAGAACCACAGAUUCAGUUAUGACUGCACUUGUUAGUUUGCUGCAGAAUCAGGGUGAUUGAUGGUGUUGGCGGGAUCCUUGCAGAAGCCGUCCUUUCGUUACUGUUACCCGCCCGAUCCCCCAAUUAUUUGCUUCUGACUAUCUCUGGAGUAGUUUCUGUCAAUGAAAGCGUUAUCAUCUGAUGUUGAAGAUUUCGUGAAACUUACAAGCAACCUUCCUAGUUGUACUAUCAAUCUUUGAUGUUUUGGUGAUACAAGCAACCUUCCUAGUACUAUUAAGCUUCUCUCGGUUUCGCUUUCAUAUCCACCUACCGCAACGAGUACGAAUCAGUCUGCACAGCAGCCAGUUGUGAAGGAAGUUAUUCCCCGUCGGAUCCUGCCUCCAGCUGCGCAACCAGCGACGACUGCGACUGCGUAGGAGGGUGGGGGUGAAGAACGAGAAUCUACUUAUUCGUGAGGUGAACUACAACGAUGCUUUCACAUUUUGUUCCUUUUGGACAUUCAAUUAUGGAAGUGCGCACUCACAAAUAACCAAUUAUUUUUGUGUCAUCCUCUUCUUGUCUGGACAUUGCUGAUCAGUUCAUCACUGAGACCACUUUGAUAACGUCGACACUAGUACGUUGUCAACGAGGACAUGACUAGUCUAGUAUCGUGUCAACGACACUAGUCUACCGUGGUGAGAGCCAGAUGUUCGUUUUCCCGUAUGAAAAGUGUUCUUCUUCUUGGUGUACUUCUCCGAGCAGAAGAAAACAAAAAGACC